AUGCCGCCAAAAAAAGAUAAACCUUCAGGAGCCCAAUAUCGAAAGCGUAGAGCUCAAGCUCAAUUAGAAUUAGAAAAAAAUACUCAUGUUAAACAUAAUAAUGAAGAAACGUUGACCUCUCCUACUUUAACAUAUUUUCCUUGUGAUGAUAAUAAUUUUGAUAUUGACAUUAAUAGUAAUAAAAGUGCAUUUGUGAACAAAACAGUUGAGAUGAGCGAUAAACCGGUAACCGAUGUUUCAAAAUCUGUUGCAUUUAUUUCUCAACCUGAUUUAUUCGACCCAUAUUUAUGGCCAGAUAACAGACAGAAUAACUUAAUAGACAUAGUUAUUAAAAUGGGACCACGCAAUAAUGACUGGAAACAUAUGACAACAAUACUUAUUUCUCAUGAAAAAUCACCUGAGCAUUUUACUGCAUACAAAAAGUGGCACGAAUGUGAAUUAAAAUUAAACCUUGGUAGAUGUAUUGAUAAUGACCUGCAACGAGUAAUGAAUACAGAAGUUCAAUAUUGGAAAAGUAUUUUAGAAAGGUUAAUAUCUAUAACUUUAUACUUAUCCAAACACAAUCUAGCUUUUCGAGGAUCGUCUGAUAAACUAUUUGAAAGAAAUAAUGGAAACUAUUUGGGGUUAGUAGAACUUUUAGGAAAAUAUGACAAUAAAAUGAAAGAACAUUUAAAUCGAAUAACUACACAAAAACUCAAUCUAACUUAUUACAGUAAGGAUAUUCAAAAUGAACUUAUAAAUCUAAUGGCCUCCAAAGUUUUAGAAAUUAUUCAGCAAAAAGUACAAGUCGCAAAAUAUUUUUCUGUGAUAUUAGAUUGUACUCCUGAUGUCAGCCAUUCUGAAAAAAUGUCAUUUACUAUAAGAUUUGUGGACGAAAAUAAUGGCAAUUUACAAGUAGCUGAGCAUUUUAUUGGUUUUAGAGAAGUUAGUGAAUCUACUGGAGAAAGCCUUACUGAGUUGUUGCUUAAGACACUAAAAGAAAACAAUCUUGAUAUAAUGAACUGUCGUGGUCAGGGUUACGAUAAUGGCGCGAAUAUGAAAGGUCAUAAAAAAAGGUGUUCAACCUCGCAAUCCAAAGAAUCUAUCACUCUUUUUGGAAUUGUACAACAGAUAUUUGUUUUAUUUUCGGCUUCUGUUUACCGUUGGCAAGUACUAAAAUCACACUUACCUAACUUGACGGUUAAACCAUUGUGUACAACCCGUUGGGAGAGUCGCAUAGACAGUGUAAAAGCAAUUCGAUAUCAAACAAAAGAAGUAUACGAUGCAUUAAUUGAAGUUGCGGAAUCAUCUAAGGCAGAUGCUGGUACAAGGAAUGAAGCAAGCAGUUUAGGCAAUCAAUUACUUGACUUCAAGUAUCGAGAAACAGGGUACGCAGAUGCGUCAAACUCUUCAAGAGAAAUAGCAGAGUCAUUAGGUAUAGACCCAAUUAUAAAAGAAGUACGAGUAAGACACACAGUCAGAGAAUCUAUAAAAGAAAGAUUUACUCAAUUUGAAAAUCAUAAGCAGUUAUGGGGGUUUCUGUACAAUUUAGAAAAAUUACCAUCUUCUGAAUAUCUUUUGGCAUGCUGUAAAGAUCUGCAUGGAGCACUCUCGGAAGGAGAUAGUGCUGAUAUAAAUUCCGUAGAGCUUUACAGUGAACUUAAACAUCUGAGUUCACUUUUACCAAUUGGCAAAGGAUCCCCCAAAUCAGCGCUCCAGUUUAUACACGAUAUGAAAUUAGUUGAUAUAUUCCCUUACACAUGGAUAUCUCUAAGAAUAUUGCUGACGAUUCCAGUUACUGUAGCAUCAGAUGAUAGACUUUCUUUGUUAGCAAUUUUGUCAAUUGAAAAUGAUUUAGCCCAAAAAGUAAACUAUGAAGAAGCAAUCAAACAGUUUUCUGAAUUAAAAGCUAGAAAAGUUAAGUUUUAA